CGAUACUCCUGUUGGACAUUGAACGCAGCAGCGAGCAUUAGCUCAGCCCGGAGAGAGGGAUUGGGAUCCAGAGAGGGAAGGAAGGAAGAAGAGAGAGAGAUAGAUAGAUAGACGCUAAACAGGUGGUCUGAAAACACAGACAACAAUGUCGUCCGGCGGGGAGAAGCGGGACGACAUUUAGUCCUCAUUUUCCCCUGGCAGGAAUACCGGGAUAACCUCGGGCAACAACAACAAAACCCCCUCCAUGCUCCCGUGUGCUUCCCACUCGGAUUUGUCCUCCUCGUCUCGGCUUUGCUCCGAACCUGGGGAAGUCCUCGGAGCCUGAGCCAUGAAAGUGACUGUGUGCUUCGGCAGGACCCGGGUGGUGGUUCCUUGCGGGGACGGGAACAUUAAAGUCCACGCACUCAUCCAGCAGGCUGUCAUGCGAUACAAGAAGGCUAUCGCCAAGGAUGCAAACUACUGGCUGCAGGUCCACCGGCUGGAGCACGGCGACGGCGGGAUCCUGGACCUGGACGACGUGCUUUGUGACGUGGCUGACGACAAAGACAGACUGAUCGCCGUCUACGACGAGCAGGAUCCCCAUCACGGCGGCGACGGCACCAGCGCCAGCUCCACCGGGACACAGAGCCCGGACCUGUUCGCCGCAGAGCUCGGCGCCGGCAGCGUCGCCUCGGCGUUCCAGCCCUACCAGAACGCCAGCGAGAUCGAAGUCACGCCUUCGGCGCUGCGCGCCAAUAUGCCUCUCCACGUCCGGCGCAGCAGUGACCCCGCCCUGAUCACCGUCAACGGGCCGUUCAGCGCCUCGGAGUUGCGGGUCCAAACCGAAGAGCCUCCGUCCAGGAAGAACCCGACUCGCUGGUCCACCACUGCCGGCUUCCUGAAGGCUCGCCAUUCCUCGGGCACAAACAGCCUGGAGAGGAAGAGCAAAGGUUUGGACACGUACCGCAGCCUGCCGAGGGACGCCGGGACCUGGUCCAGUCAGAGAGAGUUUCAGAGAGACACGGCCAGGUCGUCGCUCAGCGCCAACCACCCCAUGGUGGACCGCUGGCUGGAAAAACAAGAGCAGGAGGAGGAGAGCAGGGAGGAUGAGAACGGGCGAAUCGAGCCGGUUGGCCGAGCCGACUCCUGCAUGGAGCACACCCCUGUCAGAUCUCUGGAAGACAUUGUGAAACUGGUGGAGGUGUCAAACGACGGCGGGCCUCUGGGGAUCCAUGUGGUGCCUUUCAGUGGCAGGGACCGCAGGACUCUUGGCUUGUUGGUCAAGCGUCUGGAGAGGGGAGGGAAGGCCGAGCACCAGGGCCUUUUCCAGGAGAACGACUGCAUCAUCCGUAUCAAUAACGGAGACCUGCGAAACAUCCGAUUCGAACAAGCACAGAACAUGUUUCGCCAGGCCAUGCGUUCCCCGGUGAUCAUGUUCCACGUGGUGCCGUCGUCCAUGAAGGCCCACUACGAACAGCUAUCGCACGCCGACAGGAACCCCUCGUUUUCCUCGGGACGCUUCAGCCCAGACUCGCUGUCCGGCAUCGAUCACAACCCACAGAGGAUAAACCGCCACGGGUCCCAAACGCAGACCCACCCGGACUCAAACAACGGCUACCCACAUCUGACCCACCCUGCCGUCACGGCGGCCAAACCUCCCACAGGCCACACCCACUCGCCUCAGAGGGGGCUGAACUCGACGCCCACGCCGGGGUAUACCAAGAAAGUGGGGAGGCGGUUUAACAUUCAGCUCAAGAAAGGCCCUGAAGGACUCGGUUUCAGCAUAACGUCGCGCGACGUCCCCAUCGGCGGCUCCGCUCCGAUCUACGUCAAAAACAUUCUCCCCCGGGGGGCCGCCAUCCAAGAUGGCCGCCUUAAGGCAGGAGACCGGCUGCUGGAGGUGAACGGCGUGGACCUGAACGGCCGGACGCAGGAGGAGGUCGUCUCGUUGCUCAGGAACACUCCGAUGGGCGGCGCGGUGGGGUUGCUGGUUCUACGCCAGGAAGACACUUUCCCACCCCGAGAAGUCAGCGCUGAACCCCAGAAGCAAUCCCACAGAGACCUGAAAACGGAGGAGGAUGAACUGGUCUUGACUCCCGAUGGGACCAGAGAGUUCCUGACCUUCGAGAUCCCGCUCAGCGACUCGGGUUCUGCAGGUUUGGGCGUCAGCGUGAAAGGCAACCGCUCCAAGGAAAACCACGCAGAUCUCGGCAUAUUUGUCAAAUCAAUCAUAAACGGUGGAGCAGCUUGCAAGGAUGGACGACUGAGGGUGAACGACCAGCUGAUUGCGGUGAACGGCGAAUCGCUGUUGGGGAAAACCAACCAAGACGCCAUGGAGACGCUGAGGAAGUCGAUGUCAACAGAAGGCAACAAGCGCGGGAUGAUCCAGCUGAUAGUGGCCCGACGAGUGGCCAAGAGAAACGAGGAUUCUUCAGGAAACCCGUUGGGAUCCCAGCAGACCGUAAACACCAGUCUGGACGACCACGAGCGCAGAAUCUCCCACUCCCUCUACGGUGGCCUGGAAGGCCUCGAUGACAACUUGAUGCCACGUCAAGGAAUGAUUCCACGCACAAUAGGAAACUAUCAGCUCUCUCCGACCGUCAACAUGCCGCAGGACGACACCGUGAUCAUCGAGGAUGACCGCCCGCCGCUCCUGCCGUCCAACAUGUCCGACCAGUCCUCGUCCAGUUCCCAUGACGAUGUGGGCUUCGUGGCUGAUGUGACUCCGCCGUGGGCCAAAGAGCUGCCUGCUCACAACGAAAGCUCUCUGAGUCCAGAUGAAAACAAUCCGGACGUCUCGUUCCAAAGGGAAGGUUUCGGACGCCAGAGCAUGUCGGAGAAACGCACCAAGCAGUUCGGAGAUGCCGCUCAGCUCGAGAUCAUCAAGACACGCAAGUCCAAGAGCAUGGACCUAGUAGCCGACGAGAUUAACCUCACUCCUCGUCCCGACACCGAUGCAGGUUCUUCCACUAAGGAUGUUGGACCUUCACUGGGCCUCAAGAAGUCCAGCUCUCUAGAGAGCCUCCAGACGGCGGUAGCAGAAGUCACCCUGAACGGUGACCUCCCGUUCCACCGGCCGCGCCCUCGCAUCAUCAGGGGGCGGGGCUGCAACGAGAGCUUCCGGGCCGCCAUCGACAAAUCCUACGACCGGCCAGCCGCCUUGGAGGACGACGACGAGGGCAUGGAGACUUUGGAGGAAGACACAGAGGAGAGUUCCCGAUCUGGGAGAGACUCUGUCUCCACCAUGGCGGACCAGACGCCGCUGUCCGCCGGCCCCGAAAAGCCUCUGGUCAACGGCACCAACCGCACCAAGGAGGAGAAGAAGAAGGACAAAGACAAACCGGGGAAGGAGAAGAAGAAACAAGAUGGAGGGAAGGAAAAGGAAAAAGAGAAGGGAAAACCAAAGAAAGGAAUGCUGAAGGGACUUGGAGACAUGUUCAGGUUUGGGAAAUACCGAAAAGAUGAGCGGCCAGCGGAGAAGAUGGACCGGAAAGGAUCGAGCAAGUGGAGGUCCGAAGAGACUCAGGUUUCUGAUGAGGAAACGAUGAAGAUGAGGAUGGAGCAAGAGAGGAUUCAAGCCAAGACGAGGGAGCUGAGGGAACGCCAAGCUCGGGAACGGGACUACGCGGAGAUCUUGGACGUCAGCCGCCCGUUGGAUAGAUCCUCUGAGGAGGAUCACACCUACUCCGGCGUGAACCCUCUGAACAUGGACAGCAGUCACAGCCGGGCCCACAGCCCCCGUGACGAAUAUUCCCACGUUCAUCACCAGCACCAGCACUCUGACUCUCUCUACUCGCCGGUCAGCCGGGCCCGAAACGACCGGCCUCCAUCCACAGACAGCAACCGGCUAACUCCUAGCAACCACGACCGGAUACAGAGGCUGCGGCAGGAGUUCCAGCAGGCCCAGAACGUUCCCGACGACCCAGACGAUCGCAGGAGGACCUACAGCUUCGAGCAGUCCUGGUCCAACGCCAGCAGCAACGGUCCGGGCGGGUACAGCCAGCCGGGCCGGCACUCGGUGUCGGUGGAGGUCCAGAUGCAGAGGCAGAGGCAGGAGGAGAGGGACUCGUUCGCCCAGGCGCAGCGGCAGUACAGCUCUCUCCCUCGACAACCCAGGAAGAAUCCCAGCACUGUCUCCCAGGACUCCUGGGACAAAGCGUACCCACCUGGAGACGUCUUCCAGACGGCCAAAGACAACCCCCGGUACUCCAGCUACCAGGGCUCCCGGAACGGCUACCAGGGCGGCGGCGGCGGGGCAGGAGUGAACGCUAGAGUCCUGCUGGAGGCCCAGGAGCUGCUGCGGCAGGAGCAGAGGCGCAGGGAGCAGGAAGCCAAAGGAAAAAUGGUGCAGGAAGGCAGCGGGAACAGCGCCUACGAGGGGUACAUCCCCCACCUGAAGGAGCCGGGGUCGCCGAAGGGCCCGUACCGACACGACGUCCCGCCUUCGCCGUCGCAGCUAGCUCGGCUCAACAGACUGGGGUCGGAAAAGGGAAGACUUUUUUAUUCCUGAGGGGGGAAAAAUUAGCAAAUUAGCACCAGAACGCAGACAACGGACUACUUGGCCUCUUAUAGCUUAGCGACUAUCUUAAAAGGCAAGCGGGUGUUUGAUGACCCGCACAAACCAUGAGUCACUCACUAACAACCACCAGAAACCCUGGUGCCUUGUCCAACCUCGUCGCCGUCACAUACCGACAAUCAGGCAGAGGAGUGGGAGCGCAGGUAUGAAUGACGCGAUCCAGCUGUUGUUUUUCAGUUAGCUUCAGAAAGCUAACUGCUCUGAAGGAGAGAGCGAUCCCACUGCCGUUUUUCAGUUAGCUUCAGAAAGCUAUCUGCUCUGAAGGAGAGUGAUCCCACUGCCGUUUUUGAGUUAGCUUCAGAAAGCUAACUGCUCUGAAGGAGAGUGAUCCCACUGCCGUUUUUCAGUUAGCGUCAGAAAGCUAACUGCUCUGAAGGAGAGUGAUCCCACUGCCGUUUUUCAGUUAGCGUCAGAAAGCUAUCUGCUCUGAAGGAGAGUGAUCCCACUGCCGUUUUUGAGUUAGCUUCAGAAAGCUAACUGCUCUGAAGGAGAGCGAGUUCCAGCUGCCGUUUUUCAGUUAGCUUCAGAAAGCUAACUGCUCUGAAGGAGAGCGAGUUCCAGCUGCCGUUUUUUUAGCUAGCUUUCAAAAGCUAACUUAAAAACAGCAGUUGGAACGCUCUUUCCUUUAUAGCAGUUCUGAAGCUAUUGCCAACUUAUAUGCCAACUGAAAAACUGAAAAACAGUCAACUUAAAGGACUUAGCUUUGGAAAGCUAACUGCUCUGAAGGAAAUGGCAUUUCAACUGCCAUUUGUUCUGUUAGCUUUGGAUAGCUAAGUGCUAUGAAGGAAUGAAAACAGGCCAGAGAGAAAGAGAGAGAGAGUGUGUGUGUGUGUGUGUGUGUUAUUAAUAAAAGCCCUCCUCAUAAAUGAUUCAUAGUGUGUGUUAUCUCCUUGGAGGAGAGUCAGGCAGAGAGGGUAGGGAUCUCUGAUCCUCUAGCCUGGCCCCUCAGCGCGGCGCUGGGCUCCACUCGCCCGCCUCCCUGCCUGUCUGUCUGGAGCUCCAUCUUCUCCUUUCAUUCUUCCUCUCUCUGUUCAUUACGCUCCUUUCUUCUACCUCAACACCUCCAUAUUCAUCCCCCCGCCUCCCUUCCUCCUCCUCUCUCCCGAGUCGGCGCUCUGCACUGAAUUUUUCAUCAGAAGCCACCUGCUGCCUGCCGGAGCCAGAGAAACGGCGCCACCAGAGGCUCCGACAGAGGGCCCGGCUUCUGACACGACGAGCCAAAUAAAAGGAGGCAGAAUAAAGAUCGGCGGGGAAACAAUGCUGCUCCCAGUGUGAAAUUAGCAGCAGCCCCUUUAUGCUGGUUUUUAACAAAAGGCAAAAUUGUCCUCCGGAGUUAAUUGCUCCAAAUUGCCAUAAUUGCUUUUUGUGUGUUUUUUUGUUGUUUUUUUUAUACCUUUUUAAGCAUUUAGCAGACACUCCUUCUGCAGUGAUUUUAAAUAGAGGCAGCAGGUGGGUGUGGGGGGAGGCACAUCCUGCUUUUAAAAACAGCAGUCGAUAAAUGAACCGAAUGCUGCUGGAUUACAAAGAGCAGGUUGGAAAACAGCAGCGUAAAAAACAGCGUCUUCAUGCAGAUGGGUUCAAGUUGUGAGUUUGAUUCUGUAACGGCAACAGUGGAGGUUAAUGCAGUUGCAUUUAUGGCUCUCAGCUGGGAAAGUAAAUUUAAAAAGUAUGUACACCUGUUAAAGAUCAUUUUGUACUUUGAGGGGUGGCAAAAGCAAAUGAGGUGGAUUGAGCAUAAAGGUAUCAGUCAGGAGAAGACUAUAAGAAAAUGCGCAUGGAGAUAAUUGGAGAAGACAUGAAAACUGGAUAUUUUUCCCCUAAAAAAGAGAUUUUUAUCAAGUAAUAAACUAUAAAUAAUCCAAAAUGUCAGAAAGUUUUGGUUCAAACCAAAGAGAGAGGAUAAGUUUUUGUUUGUGGAUCACAUUUAGAUCAUUUAACGUGAAAAGCUGCUGGAAUCGGCCCUUAGGCUGGAUGCUGCAAGGACCACAAGUGACACUGCAUUGAUCUCCUGUGUGUUAGCGUCGGUAAAAACCUGGAAAAAUUUAAUUACAAGCUUAGUUUGUAGCGUCUGGAGGUGGUAAUUUUAUUAUUAUUAUUCCUGGCAGCUUGGAAAAUGCUGAUAGGCAUAUUUCCUCCUCCAGGACAAAAAGAAUAAAUUAGUUUCAGAGGAGCUUGAGUGCAAAACUGACCAUAACUAGCAAACAAACCAGAUGGAGGUCCAACAUUAAAGAGGAAAUGAUGAAUUAAAGCUGCGAAAUGGAUGAAAAGAUCAGAUUUUAUUAAAAUGAGUCUUUACUUCUACCAGAGGAGCUGUUUAAACAAGCAGAAAUCCUUUUCUGUGACGUUUGAUGCUUUUAAUCCCACAUUCAGACCACAGGAAGUGUUUCUCUGAUAUCUCAAAAAGUGCCUGAGAAAAUAUAUCUGAACAUUUCACACAAAGUCGGGUGCGAUGCGAUUCGUUUCACAGAACUACCUGUGGAUCGACAGUGUCACCAUCAGUGUUUUUAUCCUGUUUAUCUUCAGCCAUACUGUUUAUUUUUUUCUUUUGAUGAAGCAUAACUGAAAUGGAAGUAAAAAAAGAAGCUGAUGUGCAAUUGUUUUGUUUCCAGAAGUCUUUUACAUGAUGUUUGGAGAAAUGCAAACAUUUUUUCUGUACGUAUCAAGUUGGGAAUAAAGCAGAAAGCUGUUCCUGUUU